AAUCGAACACGAACGGGAGAGUAGCGAGCUUUCGCUCCGGUUCCGGCAUUCAUUCGCCAGUGAGCCUUCGUUGCGAACGGUGGUUCUUUCGUCCGGAUUCAGUUGCGUUUUGCGCCGGCCUUUGUAUCGUGUUUUUGGAUAAGACGACGUCGCGCGUUUGAUACGCCUCAACUCAACGGGCGGUGUGUCGGGUUUUGUUGUGUCUGUUGGAGGUGUGUGGCGCUGUAGCUGUCCUUCGGCGUGGUGCGGUGUGGUACACAUUUCUGUUUUGGGGUGAACCGGCAACCCCGAGAAAAGUGUGGUAAAAUAUCACGCGCGUGACAAUGUUGUCUUCUGGCUGAUUAGAGCAGAGCCUUUUGGGUGCAACAGUGCAUUGCAUGUUCAUGUUACUAGUGAAGGAAUGCGUAUCGGUGUUUUUAACGGUUUCGGAGUGAUGAAAGCAGAUGAAGCGUCCACUUACUGCUGCUUUUGAGGGGUCAGUUUUCGUGUGAAGCAAAUUCCGACACGGAUUCAAAUUGAUGAAGUGAGGCCCCAAGCAGCAAAAAAAAAGAGUAUCAGGGUUGGAGCCAAUUUUGUUGCUGAUUUUACGUAAUUCUAUACCGUCAAAAUUGAAUGUGGUCGCUUUUCAACGAGUGAAUGCUUCCAAAGUGUAACCAGUUGAUGAAGCGAAUGCAAAAUAUAAUGAUAAAUGAUUGAUUGAAGUCCGGUCAGCUUUCUUGGUUUGUACCAGUAUGAAGUUAAGUGUUUGUUAGUCUCGAGUGAGUUGCGUCGAGGCGUAUCUGCGUCGACAAGUCAGUACGUACGAGUGAAUGUAAAAUUAUUGUUCAGGUGACCGGAAAGUACCUCACUCAAAGAGUCACGAGGAGCGAACAGGAAAAAGUGCCCGGUUAAAAGCUUGUGAAAUUUAUGCUGAAAAUUGGUGUGCGGGUCCGAAAUUACCCCUGAAGAUUACUGGCAAGUUUCCGUCCCAAAGGUGGUGAAAUCGUGAAAAAAAGGCGCAAAUAAAAAUAGUCGCCAGGCACCGUUCAAUUUUCUACCGUGAUUUGUAGUUAAAAGUGCUGUGCUAGGAAAAGCUGUGCAAAACAGAAAACGAAAAAAAUAUGUAAUGGCCAAAGCGAUAUAAAAACGUGCACCGUCACGUCAAGUUCAAAACCGCCGUUCCAAACUGGCCAGAAGAGAAAGGAAUUUAUAAGGCACUGCCUGGCAGCUCCCGGAAAAUGGUUUAUCAUCAAACCGAUUCAUUAGCUAAUUGGAUUUAGCGUGACAUCCUCCAUCCUAACAACUUCGGUGAUCAACAACUGAAAAAAGAGCAAGUGGGAAAGGGAAGAUACCUAGUCUAGUUAAAGAAACCGGUGCACAAGUUCAAAUAGUUUUGGAUCACGCAAAUCGAAGAUUAAGCCCAGAAGCAAAGGAAUCACUGCAGUAAGCAGGUAGACAAGCAGGGUUUCCGUGACUGGGAACGUGAGUUGGCUGUAACGUUCAGCUGUCACGACAUAUCCGUGACCUUCGGCGAAGCUAAGCCAAGCCAAGUUGCUUCGGAGGAGAAAGCAGAAGAAAGCAUUUCUCCAUUCGGUAGUUUAAUUACAGGUGUAACGAUUUAAGUGAUUGGUGUUUUGGAGGGCUGUUAAAAAGAUUACUUAGCAAACAAGCAGCAGAAUGCCUCAUCCUAUGACACCGCAAUCGCCAACUCCGACGCUGAUGAGCAGCAGCCGCAGCAGUAGCGUACUGAUGCCGGAGUACGACUACGAUGAGCCGAAACCAGCUAAGAAAGUGCUGGCGAAGGCAAUCUACGACAACAUCGCCGAUAAUACGGACGAGCUGGCCUUCCGCAAGGGCGACAUCCUGACCGUCAUCGAAACGGAUACCAGUGACCUCAAGGGAUGGUGGCUUUGCCAGCUGCGGGGACGACAGGGCAUCUGUCCCGGCAACCGGUUGAAGAUUAUUCAGUCGCACGAUUCCGGAUGCUUCACGUUGACCCCGGCCUCAUCGCCCUGUCCCUCGAUAGGCCCCGGAACAAACCUCAACAGUCCGGUUCCGAGCGAAAUCUACGAAAACACAUCGUCCGUUUCACUGUCCCUGUCGAUGUCCGGCUAUGGCGGAAGCAUCGGAAGUGCCGGAACACCCAGCAGCAUCAGCUGCGGAAGCACCAGCAACAAUCAGAAGCACCACCACGGCAAACGGAGAUCCUGGCACAUUAACCCGAAUAAGGUUCUCACCCCUCAGAAGUGCGGCGACGUCUACCUGUAUGAUCUGCUGCAGACGCCGACCAGAGUCAGUAGUCCGUAUCAGCAGCACUCGGCUUCAGCGGACACCCUAGAUACGUACGACGUUCCGAAACCGGCAGUCCCAAUAAGCUACGAUACGGCAAGGGUUUGGUCUCGAACGCCGCCACAUUACAGCUACAAUCAAAAUCAUCCCCAAUCACCGCACACACCAAAUCAACACCACCACCUUAAUUACCCCCAUCAUCAGCCUCCACACUUCAACUACAGAAUGGAGGAAUCCUACGAUGUGCCACGACCCGUCAACAACCUCUUAGCUCAGCAAAACCUCACCCCGAGCAGUUCCAAUUCAUCCCUGCUAACAUCCGACAGUCUAAGCUUAUCCUCGUCCAACCGUUCAUCGUUGGCAAACAUGCCAGACUACGACGUACCCCGGAGAAAUCCAAUCUCCGUCAGGUCAACUCCCCCGCCUCCCCAGCAGCAGCACCAGCAAGGUCCAGGCACUCCACACUCGCAGUGUGGCAUCGGCAGCAGCACCAGCGCCAACUUCAGCAACAAGUCCCUUUCGAUGUCGAUGUCAUCGUUCACUUCCAGCACUUACGACGUCCCACCGACGCCGCUUCACCAACAGCACCAGCAAACACCCAAAGAACUUCCCCUGGAACUGUCCUCGGCCCUGGAAACCCUGGCCCGGUUACAGAACGAAGCCACUUCAGCCGUCUCUAAACUUCUGGGUUUCGUAUCGCCCAACUGGAGGACCAAGGAAAAGUUGGAUCCCAUCAUGAUGGAUCUGAAGCUGGCCGCCGUUCGGCUGCGGACAGCGCUACACGAUCUCGCCGAAUUCGGCGACGGAGCCCUGGGCAAUGCUAGUAAAGCUGAAGAUAAAGGCCUGGCUCAAAAACUGAAACCCCUGGUUAAGGCGCUACGCGAUGCCGACAAGUUGGUUCACGAGGCCUCCCACAAUUUGGACAACCAAGGCUGGACCUUGGUAACGUUACAACGACCGGAAGCAACCCAAAAGCUUCAACAACAGCUGCCGCCCGAUAGUUUGGACCAGUUGAUCGCAUGUGCUCAGACCCUCACCGAGGACGUCCGACAGACGGCUUCCUUCAUCCAGGGUAACGCAACCCUGCUGUUCAAACGAACAGCCAGCGCUGCUUCGACGGCCACCACACCGCAGACACCCACCGGAAACAAACCUACCAAUAACAAUGGCGAAUGGCCCGAAGAUUACGACUACGUUAGCCUAGAAUCCAAAGAAGCUUCGGCGAAAUCCAAUGCCGAAAUCCACAAUGCCCUGCCGCAAGAUUUGAAGAAGAAUUUCGAGAACGUCGUGCGAAAUGCCGAUGCAGCGGCAGCUGUCCAAUCUUCAGAAAAGCCAGAGGCCCUUGAUCCGAACGAUAAAUCCGUACUGGUGUACUAUGCCACUCAAACGGUGACCCACAUGGGCUAUCUGACGCAAGCCAUCGACGCCUUCCUGCAGACCGUCGAGCACAACCAACCACCAAAGUUCUUCCUGGCCUAUGGUAAGUUUGUGGUGCUGAGUGCCCACAAUCUGGUGAACAUCGGAGAUAUCGUCCACAGGAACGUCUCCCGGGAGAACGUCAAAACGCGGGUGCUACAGUGUGCCGAUGCCCUUUCGGAGGCGCUCAAGACUUGCGUAGCGAAAACUAAAAAAGCCGCUCAGCACUUUCCCAGCGUUACGGCGGUGCAAGAAAUGGUAGACUCCGUAGUCGACAUCUCCCAUCUAGCCAGUGACCUCAAGAUCGCCAUGCUGGAGGCCGUCCAGCAGUGAAAACUUAUCUGCCGGUAGUGGAUUCUGAUCUCAGUGCGCAACUGUUAAAGGACAUAGACCUCCUAACGUGGUUUCAUUUGAAACUUUCAGGAAAGUUUCUACGAGUUUGAACACAAAGGCAAUGUCGAACAAUGCUCGUUUUAUUACCUUGAAACAGGUAAUGGAACCCAUUAAAAAUCAAAAAGUGAAGAGCGCAUGAAAAUUUUAAAACAGACACGGAAAAAAACAUCUACGAGUGGGCCAACGAAAUUGUUGUAGAUUUAGCAAAAAACAAUGCCAAAAAUACGCACUAUACAAAACAAUCAACCUUGUUGACCAGUAUCCGUUAAGGUCUCAGCAAUGUAGAAAGUUUUACUUAAUCUUUACCCGCAACCUCACUUUGUAAUAUUUUUGUACAAAAAUACACACCAACUCUAACGGUGUUAUCACUAAUGUAUUGUACUCGGUAUUAUUUUUUUCUGUUCCAAGCCUUGCAGUUGGAACAAGUCAGGCAACAAAUCUUAUACAUCAGAUAAAAACAAUAAAAUCACACCCACAGGCACAGGACUAUCUACAUCAAUUUCCAGUGCGUCGAGUGGAUAAUUUGGAAUUUUCACACAAAUACGAUUUCUAAGAGAUCAAAUACCUAAUACCUUAAAAUCAAAACUUAAUCCCUGGCUGUCUUGUCGUUAGUUUUCUAUACUUAAAAACUCGUACGUGUCUCAUCGUGAACGCCAUAAUAUCGUCAAACAAUCAUCCUUUGCCAAGACUAUACCUAAUAAAAAUUAGUUUUAAAACCAAACAAAAGUCAACCCUACCCCUAACUGUAAAUAAUUAAAUUUUAUUUCUCUUAAGCUACUGUAUUAUUUAAGUAAUAAAAAGCAUCUUGGUUCCAAAAACAUAAACACCUAAUUUGUAAUCGGUAAACAAUAUCAUUAAACUUAAACGAAAAAAAAACGACGCACACCAAAUUUUGGAUUCGGACUAAACUGCGAAACUCCGAAAUAAAAAUUUAAAGCGAGAAAAAAGAAAAUUCUGAAACUUCCUAAAUCAAGAAUUUUGGAUGUUUCAACCAGUCACUAAAAGAAUGCAAUACUUAAUUGGAUCAUCGUGAACGAUAAUAUAUUGGUAGAGAGAGCCUAGUAGAAAAUUCCCUUCCGAUCGAAAUUCCCAUUUCGCUGUCCUCCCUCAUUCAACGAUUAUUGAUAACUUCAACUGUAUUAAACUAAACGGUCGCGUUGUAGACUUGUAGCUGUUGUAGAACUUUAACCCAUAUAGGUUAUCGAUUAUAUUUUGUAGUUGUGUCUAUUUCUGUAGCCUAGCGACUAUCCUCGAGGAAAAGAGAAAAAAACAAACGAGCAAUGCGUUUUGUGUUAUUGAAACUAUUGAAGAGCAUUUGUAGACACGAAUUCUUCAUAAUAAAACAGAACACCGGUAAAAGAAGGACACAUUUUGGGAAUUUACAGUAAUAUAUUGAAAUGA